UUUAUUAUAUACUAUACAAUAGCUUUUAUCCAUAAAAGGGAUAGAGCUAUUCUUAUGGGCAUGCAACUUUGUCUGUUCAAAUCAAGAAGCUGUCUCAUAUUUAACUCAUAAACUUGGGCUUCUUCUUGUGCACACACAGAGAGAGAAGAUAGAAAAGAAAAGGGGAACCUUUAAAUUUACAUAUGGAGAAGCUAACAGAACUGAGCCACCUCUUUGUCACCAUCUUCCUCGCCGGAGUGGCUGGUAUGAUGGUGGUUCCGGCGAUAACAGAUGUUACCAUGUUAGCACUUUGCCCUGGUCAAGACGAAUGCUCUCUGGCCAUUUACCUCUCUGGAUUCCAACAAGCUAUGAUAGGAGUGGGAUCGGUUGUGAUUACACCUCUAAUUGGGAAUCUGUCGGAUCAGUAUGGGAGGAAAGCUAUGCUCACACUUCCUUUGACUAUCUCUAUCAUUCCAUUAGCUAUAUUGGCAUACAGCAGGGAAACCAAAUUCUUUUAUGCAUACUUUGGUACAAGGACUCUCACUGCUAUGCUCUCCGAUAGCAGCAUCAAUUGCCUUGCUCUUGCUUAUGUGGCUGACAACGUUUCAGAAGGACGACGAGCAUCAGCAUUUGGAAUUCUAUCUGGCAUAUUCAUAGCAGCCUUUGUCUGCGGAACAUUAGUUGCUCGUUUUCUCACUACUACUUUGACCUUUCAGGUUGCUACAUUUAUUUCAAUGCUUGCUGCUGUGUACAUGAGGGUUUUCCUGAAGGAUAAAGUGGUGGAAGGUGAAUGUUUAACACAGCCAAUCUUGAAGACCGGACUAGAUGACAUUCAUCAAGAUGAUGACUUGCCUAACAAGGCACCAUUAUCCAAGAAGAUUCUAACAGUUGGGGAUCUUAUUUCCUUGCUCAAGUGUAGUGCAACAUUUUCACAAGCAGCAGUUGUUGCUUUCUUUCAUAGUCUUGCUGAGGGAGGAAUCCAAGCAGCUUCUAUGUACUACUGGAAGGCCCGUUUUCAUUUCACCAAAAACCAGUUUGCCGAUCUAUUUCUCCUUGCUGGUCUUGCAGGAAUGAUAUCACAGCUGAUUUUCAUGCCUUUGUUGGCACCUUUUGUAUCAGAGAAAAAACUACUGUCCGCAGGACUCUUUAUGGGUUUUGUAACUAUGUUGCUUUACAGCAUAUCGUGGUCAUUCUGGGUUCCUUAUGCGACUACUGCAUUAACAGUCUUUGUUGUUUUCGUGACUCCAUCUUUACGCAGUAUUGUAUCCAAGCAAGUUGGCCCUGAUGAGCAGGGGAAGGCUCAGGGCUGCAUUUCAAGCAUAUCUUCCUUCGCCAACAUCAUUUCCCCUCUGAUUUUUAGUCCUUUGACAGCUCUAUUUCUGUCUGAAGAAGCACCAUUUCAUUUCCCUGGCUUUAGUAUGUUAUGCAUUGGAUUUGCAUUGAUGAUUGCGUUCUUUCAGAGUAUAAUGAUAAAGGAACCUAGUCUCAUUUCAACUCACAGAAAUAGCAGCAACAGCACAGAAGCCUAGAUCUGAUGAUUGGAAUUGUAUUUUUCAAGGUGAAAGUCUAUUUAGUCUUCACUUGUAUCUCCAUAGAAGUGAUCGUAGAGCUUCUGUAUGCAAUGACGAAACAUGUGAAAAGAGUUCAAGAAAAGUCAUCACUGACCAGUGUAAAAUGUAUCAUUUUGAUGCAAGCAAAGCUUUACAAGGCUUCCAUGCAAUGGCAAGUUAUGAACCUGAGGAAAGCUUUACAAGGUUCAAGCAUUACUGGUUGCUGAAGCUGCAGUUUGCUCUGCUUGCCUGCAUGUUUUGUAUAUGCUCUAUACUUUAAAAAGUUCUUUACACUGUUUAUUCUA